GCCGUUGUGAACGAAGGUUUAGGGAAUAUUGUCUUUGAUCGGACAACAACAAAGCACUCGCCUAAUAUCUCUCGAUACCACUUGUUUGCGCCUCCUCUAGCUCUCAUAUACUAACCCAAUGAUUACCUCGUAUAUUCCGCGAUAAUUCUAAAUGGCUGAAGAGCAGCCACUCGUACCAGCUAUAGCACCCGUGGAGCAACCGUUGAACCUCAUUCCCGUAGUUCUCAAGGAAGCAGCUCUUGACAGCCCAACAUUCCGCGCUACCGCCGUCCAUUUUGGAGAACAAGUUGAGAUCAUUGAGAAAUGGCUGGAUAGCUAUGUGAAGUCAGCCAGCAGACUCUCGUCAGAAGCAUCUUCCCUUGAGAAUCUUGUCAACACCUUCCUGUCAAACGCAACACCACCACAGCAAGUGUCCGAAGCUGUCCUCGAUCAUGACUACACCGUUCUCGCUCUCAAGCGAUAUGGCGAGGGAGCAAGAGAGUUUUGGUCGUACACGCUCCGGGGCAUGAAACGGAUUGAGACUGCUGUGGUAGAACCGAUACGCGCAUUUCUGUCGAGCGAGAUCAAGGGACUCAAGGAAUGUCGAAAGACGUUGGACGCUGCCCAGAAGAAUUUCGACUUGGUGAUUGCGAGGUAUGCCAGCCAAGCUAAGACAAAGGAGCCAUCUUCGUUAAGAGAAGAUGCGUUCCAGCUUCAUGAAGCUCGAAAAGCGUAUUUGAAAGCGUCAAUGGACUUCUGUGUAGUCGCCCCGCAAGUACGUGGUAAUCUCGACAAGCUCUUAGUAAGGCUAUUUUCAGAUCAGUGGCGCGAGAUGAAAUCUUCGAGAGAUUCAACAGUUGGUGCUUUCUCGAAGUGGACGAGCGAUAUGGAAAGGGUCCGUGGAUGGAGCCGUGAGAUGGAGAAUGGCGAGCGAUUAUUCAAGAGAGAGCUAUUUCUAGCUCGGAGACAAAUCGAAAGUAGCGCGGAGGGUGCUGUCAAACCAUCUCGAGAGCUUGAUGACUAUGCCAUAUCGACCGUUCCGUAUCUCGGCUCCCAGGCCGCGUCGACCGCAAAUCUUCAGACCCCCGGCGGGCCCCCGAAAGCUACAAAUGAUUCCGGUGAAAAACAAAGCUGGCUCUUUCAACGAACAACCACUGGUAAGCCGGCAAGAACCAUGUGGGUCAGAAGGUGGUAUUUCGUAAAAAACGGCAUCUUUGGAUGGUUGUCACAAGGUGGCAAGUCGGGUGCUGUCGAAGAGUCAGAAAAGAUCGGUGUUCUAUUAUGCAGUAUUCGUCCCGCCGUCCAGGAAGAACGUCGUUUCUGCUUCGAGGUGAAAACGAAGGAUACGUCGAUACUACUCCAAGCCGAAACGCAGAUUGAACUCAUGGAGUGGAUUAAUGCUUUCGAUGUCGCCAAGAGGAAGGCCCUAGAGGACCCUGCAAGCACUGACAAUAUAUCAUCGCACAAUGUUGAUGCCGCAUUUGCCAUAAGUCCUCCGGUUGCCCCAGAAUUUGCAGCUAAGGUCACAGAGGGUCAUGCCUCUUCGCUCAGUGAUGACAUCCAGGGGUUGGAUCGAAGUGGCACUCUGACCGUCGAUAGCGGCAAUCCCCUAGUGAAUCAUGCUGCCAGCUUCGACAUCUCUCGCCGGUUGACUGAGCGUGAUGGCGAAAGCAGCAGUCGAGACCAUGCAACGAGGAUCAUCCAAAGACUAGAUUUGCAUCGACGAACCACAGCCUCACCACAACUCUCCAGUACACCUACAGCGCCGGCAGGGGGUAUUGCAAGUCUGAUAUCCGCAAGUCAUAAUAUUCUACCUGUAGGUCCUGCAACGCCUCAGGUCCCCGCUACUCCAGACACUCGUAUCAACAUGGGUAGUGAAAUUUCUAUAAGUACUCUCGCGCCUUCAACACUGGCUAAUCCUCCGGCUCCAACCAAUCUGAGCAAGACGGCUGUGAUUGUUAGUGGGGAAAGGGGUGUAGGGCUUGGUAAGUCUGAAGGUGGUAUGCCUAGUGGAAUAAUGGCCAAUCUUUGGGGUUCCACAAACUGGGGCUAUGUGAACAGACUCGAACGAGGCGAGCUCAAAGCACAACAUAGUCCAUCAGCCUCGACUAAGCCAUCUCCUAUGACAGUGGCAGCAGAGGACAACUCUCUACCCGAAAUACCUGCAGCUGCUUUGGUUCCUGGAAUCACACCAGACACGCAAUCUGGUCCAGCCCACCGUAAAGCUGCUAGCGUUGGCGACAGCGUUGGAAGAGUGCCUCCUCCAGCAUUAGUCUCGAAUGAUGACUUCCCGAACUACUAUCCUCUGCCACUCAAGGCACAAGAUGCCCAAUUCCGAAUUCUGUUCCCUAACACUCCCAAAGAUGAAAGAGUCGUACUUGUGUUCCGAGCUGUGUGGAAUCCCACUGACCAACAAGAAUUUCCCGGUCGAGUCUACGUAACAACAAAGGAGAUAUAUUUCUACAGCAAUCACCUUGGGCUUAUUCUCAUCACCGGCGUCAACCUCACAACGAUCGACGAGGUGACAGGAGCACCAGGGAAAGACUGCGAUUUUCUCUAUCUUCAUUUCAAGGAUGCGGCUCGGCAGAAUGGUGCUGUUCGCUUGACCAUAAAGACUUUCCUGGAGCCCCUGAGACUCCUACAGAAGCGGUUGGAUUUCUUAGUACAAAAUGCCAAUUCAGUGCAGCCCGAGUCAAUUGAAGACGUUCUCAGGAAAUUGAUCAGGUUUGAGAUGCACGACUCCAAUGGCGAUGAGCCAGACCAUGACAGCUGGGAAGAUGUGUCGAUCAACACUCCUGUUGAUGGACCUACGAAUCGGCGUCUUCAGGAUCUGAAAACGAGACUUAGAAUUGAUGGCAAUUUGUUCGAGAACGGCCAAGGUUCUGGUGUUGGCCGAAGCGCGUCAAAAUUCAAAUUGCCCUCACAGCCCGUGAUAUACACGCCGAUAGGAAUGACUGAGCAGGCGGUGGAGAAGGUGUACGAUAUCAGUGCAAAGUCACUGUUUCAUGUAUUGUUCGGUGACAAGAGUGCAGUCUUUCAGAUGGUUUACAAGGACAGAUUCGCAAAAACGGUUGUCCAAGGCCCGUGGGUACAGACAGAGCAACAGCCUCAACGUCGAGAUUUCGCAUAUGACGUCGAAGACACGAAUCCUCCGACGCAUAUAACGGACUGUCAAGUCAUCGAAGUCUUCAAUGAUCAUCUAUGCUACGUGGUUGUGGACAAGAAAUCUCCCUGGUAUCUGCCUCUGUCAGGUAGAUUCACGAUGGUUAGCAAGAUUGUGUUGACGCACGUGGCCAAGUCUCAAUGUAAACUGGCAAUCUUCAUCAAGACAGAGUGGAACCCCAAAGGUUCCAUCUUCAGACCACUCAUCGAUCGCCAAGCUUUGAAAGACAUGGAGCUCUCCGCUUUGGAUCUCAUCGAUGUCAUCACUGAUCAAGUCAACAAGCUAGGAAGCACUGCAAGAACCCGAAAAGCCAUUCAGAUAUUUGGCAGCAUCGGCCAGCAAAACACCGCCACUCAGUUCGUACCCUCUGAGAUUCCGUCUGCCAUCAAGGACCGCAAAUUUGUCCUCAAAGUCCGCACUCUACCCGGCAUGACCAUUAGUUGUGCUCGCCACUACUUCAUAGCAGGCAUUCUUGUCGUCGCCAACGGUCUCAUGUCCGUAGCAUCCUCCAUUCUCGAAGCCUGCACAGCGCAUUCCAUGCUCACAGGCCUGCUCCUGCUCAGCAUCGCUUUCAACAUGUUCUUCACACAACGCGACACCUUCACAUGGUGGCGGGAGCGCGCCGCAGGCAAAUUCAUGGCCCGCAUUGGCGUCGGCCCAAACAUGUACAUGUCACGCGCAGUAUACAUGCACGACCUCAACAAAUUCACAAACAUCACAGCAUUCCAAGAAGCAGACGGGCACAACAGCUCAAGUAAAUGCCGCACCGCAUUCCAUGACCUCCUCGUCGAUCCCGAGCCCUCUUCGCUCUCGCCCUUUGACGCAAGCUCCACCCAGUCCAUCACCAAGCACCGGCUGCAGCGCUCACGUCUGCGCCUCGGCACAUAUCGCCAUGACCUCCUCGUUGCGCUCCGUCUCGUCAACCGCGUCGAGUCGGAGGUUUUGCAGGCGGAAUAUGAGGACUGGCUUGUUGAUGAGACGGGCCGCUGUCAGCGCGUGGGAGGUAUGCUUGCCUCUGUGCUUAACGGCACGGACGGGGAUGGCGGCGACGGCAGCAGCAGCAGCAGCGAAGCCGAUGCGAUCCAACCAUGGUACGAAGAGUAUUGCGGGAGCUGUAAUAGGGAGAUGGAAAGGAUCGGCUUGAGUGUGCAUGGUGGUGUGGUGUCGUACGUGUGAAUGUCCUUGCGCGAGUGUGCACUCCUCGAGGGUCUGUGUAGGAAAAACAACUA